UUGGAGUGAAAUUGUGUUUUUUGUUUCGAUAAUUAAAACAUAAGCAACAAAUUUAAACCGAUUUUUCAAAUCGAAUUGUUGCGCGAGCCACCCUGUGUACUCUGUGAACGUGCUCCAGGUUACAAGCGUGCACACGAGAUGACGUUUCGUAAGCGCGCCAAUGCUUCUGUUUUGAUUUUGUUUCACCAACGAGAAUUGUUCAAACGAUUUAACAUAUUGUAGAAUAUUAACAUGAUUUACAGUCAAGACUACGCCCGCUCCAUUGACGAUGUGCGCACAAUUGUUCGGCACGCGAAACUCGACCACAAAAAUCUUACCAACAUUGGCCAGGCAAUAUAUUACCCGGCGGGGAACGAGGGACAUGAUCCGGGCAACGUAAAGUUGCUCGAGGUGGAUGAGCACAUUCUGGAGGAGAUUAAAAACGGCAAGGAAGUGUGUUUCAAGGGUGCAUUGAACGAGAAGGUUGUUUUCUGCACCGAAUCGCGUACCUACGAGGUGAAGGAGGCGGAAAUAUCGAACAGUUUGCUGUUGGUGAAGGAUCUAAAGCUCGCACAAGCCACGAGCCGCUCACCGAUCAAAAGCCCCAAAAGUGGCGUCAACACAUCGAUGGACAGCAGCAUAGAGGAGGAGGAUCCCGAAACGAUCGACACGAUCGAUGAAGUGGAGCGGAAGGAUGUGGUGAAAAUAUUCCACAAUUACUUCGAGCUGCGGUCGGUAAAGCCAAAGUAUCGUAAAAUUAUCGAUCUGCUUCGUUUGACCCGAUACGCCGGUCCGGAGAAUGAGCAUCUCAUCGAUCGGUCGUUGCUGUUCCGGUUUAAGCAGUUGCUCGAUACGGUGCAGUGCAGCAGGGACGAGUUUCAAGAAGGGCUUAAACUAUAUCGAGCCAUUGAGAUCGACGAUCGUGUACGAAUGUUGGACCUAGAAUACGAAUAUAGAGUACUCACAUUGCUUUUAUCCGUGGUAUCGGAAAACUCUUGGGAACCAGACGCAAUCGACAAGGAAGUAACGCUGGAAGCGAUGCAAGGCAUCAUUCCUUACGAGGUAGUGGAUGGCAUGUUCGAUGUAUACACCUGCCGUAGUGAACGCAUUCCGGAUCGGUUCCAAUACCGGGAGGAUCUCGUGUGCGCUCUGUUUGCCGAAAAGAUCCUCCAGCACGGAUUGAAGUUUCACAUCGACGAAUUUCUCGUCACCUGGCAGGAAGCGCUUCCAGAGGGUUUCGAGGCAAACGACCAGUAUUUGCGUGGGAUCGGCAUCAUCGAUCGGGAGAGCAGUGUUCCUUGUGUACGCGGAUUGAACGAAGCAGAUCUACCGAUGAAUAUACUUGGCCGGCUCGAUUUACUGUUCCGGACGAAAGAACGGUGGAACUUGGAACAGAUCGAACCGUACAUCGAAUGCUUCGCAACACCUACGGUCGGUGUUACCUCCAUACUGGCCAAGUACACACGUUCGCUUGUCGUGAAAGGUGUUCGAAUGUAUGUAUCAAAGCAUUAAAAUGGUGAAGAGAUGUGCUCUGU